UUUUUGUAUUCGAAAUCAGAAUCAAGUCAACACUUCUUGAGUGUAUAAUAGUAGAACAACAAAUCCUUUUCUUUAAUUCUUAAAUCCUUCUUUCACCAGCAAACAUGAAGUUCGUUGUUGCCGUAGUCAUGUUGGCUCUUGCCGUUGGUGUACACUCAUCCCUACUGGGUGCUCAAAUCUCUCCCGGUGUUUCAUAUGUGAGCCCAUUACUUAGUCCACUGCUCGCACCAGGCCUCGGACUCGGUCCCUUGGGCUUACCAGCUGCCGUUAAUGUCUGGGGUGGUAGUGCUCCCGGUCUAUUGGGUGGUAUUCCCGGCAUCUCUCUUAGUCAGGGACCUGGUGCUGCUAUUGCUGCUCCUAUUGCUGUUUCUCAUGCUUUGGGUACAGGCCCUGGUGUUUAUGUGGCGAAGACUCGUGGUGCCAUUCACACCGCCCCAUUGGCCGGACACAUUAACUCGGCGACUUCUCUGAAUUUGGCACCAGCUCCAGGCACUUUGUAAGCGUUUCGUGCGUCAUCGAUUCAUCUCGUUGGAGAAUAAAUGCUAACUGCUUAUCAUCACAACAACCACAUAAAAAAUAAUAUCAACAAUUUGACGACUCUGAUGCGAAACGAAGAAUGUAACCGUUAUCCGUCAUUUGCUAUGUACUAUCUACAAUCCGCAACUCAUACCCUGAGCCGCAACUGACCUGAUGUGCAACUCGUAAUAUCAUUAGCAUAUCUAUGUUUUUUAUAUUAAAUAAUAUACUAUGUACCUUGUACACAACUAUAUAUAUGUAUUUCAUGUUAUUUACUUAGGUAUUCAUACUCAUACAUAUGUAAUAUUGGUGUUUGUGCAAACUGAGUCAUAAAAGUUUGCCAGAACGCCCAGAAAGGAGAAAAAUGGGAUUCACAAAAACUCACUGCAUUCUGAAAAGCUAUGCAAAAUGCCAUUUUCAAAAAAUAAAUAUUCCAAGUCCACAACAACUGCAAUAACAACGACGAUAAACUUUUGAGAACUUUUACCUGUGUCUUAUACUCAUUAAAAAUAUUCUUUUACCAUCACUUUCCAUCUUUUCACAUUUUUCAUAUACUCGUACAUACAAAUAUAAGUAACCUACAUAUAAAAGAAGCAGCAGAAAAGUAUCUAUUAAAAGUAAAAAAAAAAUAAAAAUUUAAAUUACUUCUUUUCGUUAAAACUUUUUUUCUUCUGUCUUUUUUGCUGGUAUAUAGAGACUUUUAUAUAAGCCCUAUUAUAAAUGUCUUGUACAUAAGUAGCAUACAUAUAUGUACAUGUGCGAUUUAAAUGUAUACUUAUAUAAUAGUGUAAGAUAUUCAAUGUAUCUACUGAAGAAUAUGGAAUAUUUUUGAUUUGAAUAAAUAUAUUGCAAGAUUUUUAUAAAAUCAAA